AUGGCUGGCCGGCAGGGCGGCCUCGUCCACGGCGGCGGCGGCGACUUCUCACCUCUACUAAGAGGAAUGCUACAUCCACGGACGGCUAUGUACGGUUUACAGGCCGAUUCUCACUUGGCAAAGUUUGAUUGGAUUAAGGGGGAGGCUGAGGCGGUAGAGGAGGGUUACGUCAACCUCCUCCGGUCCCAGCAACCCGACGACUCCUCCUACGGAACUGAGCCCGAAGAGCCCCUUGCCGCCGACAUCCGCAACAUCCACCUCACCGAUCACGUUCCCAUCAUCCUCUCCCACACCUCCGCCAAUUACUAUGCCUGGAAAACCUAUUUCAACCUUCUCUUUCGUGAGUACAAUCUUCGUGAUCAUGUGGACGGCCUCUCCAACUUCUUCGCCGGCAACCACGACGCCAACUGGCUGGCCAUCAACGCCACCCUCAUCCGGUGGUUCUUCCUCACCGUCUCUCCGGACAUCUUCCACACCGUCGUUCGCGAUGGGGACGAUGCCUACACGGUGUGGACCAAGAUCAAUGGCCUCUUCACCGACAACAAGCUUCAACGGAUUGUUUUCUUGCAGCAGGAAUUUUUUGGGUGUCACCAAAAUGACUCCACCAUCGACGCCUACUGUCUCCGGCUCAAGACCCCCUCUGACGAGCUCAACGAUGUCGGGUUCAAGGUGGGAGAUGAGCUUCUCCUCUUGACGCUCACCGCCGGCCUCAAUGAGGACUUCGGCAACGCCGCGUCCAACCUCACCCUCAUGGCCAACCCCACCUACGAGCGGGCGGUGGCCUAUCUUCUUCUUGAGGAGCGGCGGAUGAAGCAACUCCGCACCCGUGUUGCCCACACAGCCCUCGCUGCCGGCCUCUCCCACGGUGCUCCUACACCACCAUCGGCGCCUCGUCCUUCGGUCGUCACGCCGCACUCGCUGCCCCUGCCGGCGCCACAGCCGCCCCAACCGCCGCGCAACGGUGGGAACGGCGGCAACCGUCGCCGCGGCCGCGGCGGUCAGCGCCAAGGGGAGGAAAAGGUGGCGGUGGCGGCCAAUCUUCACAGCCACGCCACGGCGGGCAGCAGCCCCCGCCACCCUGGCAUGCCGGUGCCGCGACCCCCCGCCCCGGGCAUCCUCGGCCCCCGCCCGAGCAUGCAUCAGGCCCUCCUGGCCGCGCCACAACCAGGCGCCCCUGGCGCCUACGGCGGUCCUCCCGCCCCUCCCGUCGCGCCACCCUAUGACGCGUAUGGCGCCCCUGGCUAUGGCGGCGUCCCUGGCUAUGGCACGGGCUACGUCCCGCAGCCCUUCCUCGGCGCCUGGGACCCGGCGCUCCUAGCGGCGCUUCAGCAGCCGCCACCCUACUCCGGUGGUGGCGGCGAUUGGUUUAUGGAUUCUGGCGCCACCGCCCAUAUGUCUGCUCAUCCGGGAACAGGUUGCGCCGUCUUCCUCUCCCGCGGCGGGUCCCCCUCCGCGCCGUCGCCAGCUGCCGGCCUUGGGUGCUCCGGCGCCCCCGCCAGCUGCGCCUUCCUCAGGGUCGGGGCCGUCCGCGGCUGCCUCCUCAGGCUUGACGCCCCCAUCGCCACCGCAUGA